AUGGGGUUAGGUGUGUUAGAAGACACGGCGCUUGCCCAGGUUCCUGGCACUUCUGAUAUCCUCGAAAGAGAAAGCUCCAACGAGCAGACCAAUGUUGAUUCUAACCUGAAAUACGACCGCUCGGGUGCGAUUCCUAUCCUCCUGGUUCCUCAACCAAGUGAUGAUCCCAAUGAUCCCCUGAACUGGCCAUUAUGGAAGCGUGAUGUUACACUACUAGUCCUUUCCUUCGUCGCAGUUCUUUGUGCAACAACGAGUUCUCUUAUGGCUGCCAAUACCGUGACAAUAUCCCUCCACUUUAAAAAGAGUUUCACUUCCGUCGCCCUUCUCACUGGAUAUCACCUUUGUGGUGUGGGAGUUGCUGGGAUAUUGAUCGUGCCGACAGCGCGAGUAUGGGGAAAACGUCAUCUUUUUCUUCUCGGGAAUGUUUUAAUGGUGAUAAGCUGUGGCUGGGCAGGUGGAAGUUCCAACAAUUAUACAAGCUUGGUAUGGGCUCGCAUUUUCCAAGGAGUUGCUCUAGCACCUUUCGAAGCUUUGGUCAAUGCUUGUGUCGGCGAUCUAUACUACGUUCACGAGCGUGGCAAAAGGAUGGCUCUAUCGAAUGUUGCUCUUUUUGGAGCCGCCUUUCUUACACCGGUUCUGGCUGGUAAAAUUACUCAUUCUCUUGGGUGGGAGUGGACAUUUUACCUUCUGGCAAUCUUUUCGGCCGCAUCGCUGCCUUUGACUUUCUUCUUGGUCCCCGAGACAGCUUUUAGGCGCCCAGAAUAUCUAAACAAUGACUUGAAACAGAUGGAAGCCAGCCACAUAUCCGAUGAGAAAAAGCAUCCUUCGCCGCUCACUAAUAGUGAAUCGCAGGCUAGAUCACAAGAGCGAGACACGCAUUUAAACACGAUCGUCCCUGCGAAAGCCUUAUAUAUCCAAACUCUGAAGCCGUUCAAUGGGCGCAAGACGGACGAGAAUUUCUUGAAGCUUCUGCUUAGACCAUUUCCGCUGUUCUUUCACCCGGCAAUUCUUUGGGCUUGUUUAAUCCAAGGUGUAAUCAUCGGCUGGACUGUAUUCAUUGGUGUGGUACUAGCAGCCAUCUUUUUAGGGCCUCCCUUGUGGUUCAAUGAAGUCCAAACGGGAUAUCUGUAUACCGGCGCUUUUAUCGGCUCUAUUGUGGGCUUAAUCCUUUCGGGCAUACUCUCUGACUCCAUGAAUAAGAUCAUGAUCAAGCUUAACAAAGGAAGAUAUGAGCCUGAGUUCCGCAUUCUCCUCGUUAUCUUUCAAUUAGUCUUCAGCGGUGCUGGGCUUUACGGCUUCGGCAUAGUGGCCCAAGAUGUGGGAAAAUAUGGUUGGCUUGUGGUUGAUGUAUUCUUCGCAUUGGUAAUUAUAGGGAUGGUCAUGGGUGCUGUUGCCAGUGCGCUGUAUAUCGUUGAUGCCCACCGUCAAAUUGCGAUAGAAUCGUUCACAUGCAUGCUAAUAUUCAAAAACAUUUUUAGUUUUAUACUAACAUUCUUCGCUUAUGAUUGGUUACUCUCAAAUGGUAUCAAACCGGCAUUCCUGGCUAUAUCUAGUAUACAAAUGGGAAUUUGUGCCUUGAGCAUCCCCAUGUAUAUCCUUGGCAAGAGAAACCGCUCUUUUUUUGCACGUCAUGAUCUCCUUAAGAUUUUGCAUCUAUGGUGA